UCUAGUUAUAUAUAAAUUUUUGAAUGAAAUAGGCACGAAAUGCAUUUGAGUGUGACCUGCAAAGCCAAGAAUUUCUUCACUAUGGCGAAAAUUAAAAGAAACUGAGUUAUAUAUACUAUGAAAAUCAGUUUAGUUUUCCUAUCAUAGUUUUAAUAUCAAUGGCAAAUAGUUUAUAUCACUGUCAUUUAAUCCGAACUUGACCUUAACUAUAUCAAUGAUAUAUUUCGACUUAACACUUGAUUUUGAUCAGGAUGGUACAAACAAGGUUAACUAGUUAUGUGUUGAAGUUAAAUGAUAAAGAUUAUUAUCUUGAUUUAGAUUAAGGAAUAUCCACUAGAAUAGGAUCCUUUAACUAAAGGGUACUCCAAGACUUUGCAUGAAAAGAUUUGAAGCAAAAGCUGAUCAAAGCAUCAAGUGGAAUAAAUGAAAAUAAAUUAUACAUAUAUAUAAUCACGUCUAUAUCCCUUGCGGGGUAGACAGAGCCAACAGUUUUGGAAAGACUUAUUGGUCACUUUCAGCAAUACUCAUAUUUACUACUUAUAUAUCUAUAACUCAUAUUAUUCAAAUAAAAAAUUUAAUUUGAUGUACUGUCUGCCUACCUCUUCAGGAAAAAGACGUGUUAAUAUUUAAUGUCCUAGUCCGAAAAGAUGAAAGAAAAAAAUAAAAUCAGAUUUAUUUCUUCCAUCAUUCUUACUUCCAUACCAAGAUUAUAGGACAGGUCAUAAUGGAAAAUAGUCUUUUCCUUAUUUAUACAUAUGUAUUUUAUGUGUUUCUUUAUAUUUAUAAUUUAUGAUAUAAUGGACUUGAACUUUUUGUUUAUUUAUUGUGUAAACAUUAAAACUUUACAUUUUGUGUUUGUUACCAAAACUGUAAGUCUGCUUUUGAUAAAACUUAAAUGAUUUUGUACAUAUUUAUUUAUUUAUGUAUAGCUAUAUUUGAUGCAAAAAUACAUUAUGAAGUUUAAAACAGUAUAAUAUUAAAAAAUCUUUUAUAUUAACCCUUAACAUAGCAUCCCAAAGAAAUGUUAUUAUACCAAGGUCCUUUAACAAGAACAAUUGUCAAUUAGUCAUUUCUAAAUUUGCAUGAACUCCAUAAAUAAGACAAAUAGAUAAAACACAAUAAUCUGGCUUUAUCAUUUAAUGAUCAAUAUGUCCGAAAUGUCCGAUUUAAAACAUUGUUAAAUUACUGAUAAAGGGUUGUAGAUUCGUAAAAACUGAUACCGCAAAUGCAGACAAACAUUUGAAAAGACGUUGGUUAUUUUCCUAUUGAUUUCAUUCUAACACUGUGUAUUUCCAAUUAAAUUUUAUAUUUGUAUGCCGAAUUUGAUCUAUGAACGAAGUAUGCAGGUAAUAUUCUGGCCUCUGGGUUUGUUCUUUAGUCAGGUCAAAAUGGAAAAUGACACAUACUCAUAUUAUACAUCAAGUCUUUGUCCAGGGGUUCAAAGUGUCAAUAGUCUCCAGACUCUGUAAGGCCAUGUGUUACUAUGUGUAACUAGUUGGCUUAAAUGAUUGAGAUAAAAGAAGCCAGAUACGACGAUGCCAUCAAAGCUCUUAACGACGCCAUGAAUUUCAACCCAAACCGGGCAGGACUCUCUCUGCUUGGGUAUUGCUACUUCAGAACCCAAUCUUUCGUAGAGGCUGCUAACUGCUAUGAACAACUGAUCGCCAUGCACCCAGAUAUACCAGAAUACAAAUUAUAUUUUUCACAAGCCCUUUAUGAAGCAUCUAUGUUUGAUGAAGCCUACAAAGUAACUGUACAAAUAACAGCGCCCGAAUUGGAAAGGAAAGUCAUCAAGUUACAGUCUGCAAUAAAAUAUGGCGAAGAAGACACUAUAUCGGCUAAAAGUUUGGUCGAUUCUUAUCCAAUGGAAGAUCCAGAUAAGGACAUAAAUCUGGGAUGUUUAAUGUUUAAGGAUAAUCAAUACGAAGAAGCUUUGCAGAAGUUCUCUAGAAGUCUCAAUGUUCUAGGAUUUAACGCGCAUCUUCAUUACAACAUAGCGCUUUGCUAUUUUCGCCUUAAAGAAUACCCACAAGCCUUAAAACACAUCACCCUUGUAAUUGAAAGGGGCAUCCGUGAUCAUCCGGAGUUAGCUGUAGGUAUGCAAGCCGAAACAUCUGAAGUUAAAUCAGUUGGAAAUACUCUUACUCUACAUGAAACGGCACUCACUGAAGUAUUUAAUCUUAAAGCCGCAAUUGAGUACCAAUUGAAGAACAUAGAAGCCGCAAGGGAAGCGCUAAGUGAUAUGCCACCGAGGCAUGAACAUGAAUUAGAUGCGGUUACAUUACAUAAUUUAGCUCUAACUUCUAUUGAUAUAAAACCAACAGAUGGUUUCGAAAAACUGCAUUUCUUAUUGCAACAGGAUCCAUUUCCACCAGAAACUUUCGCUAAUUUAUUACUUUUGUACUGUAAGUUUGAGUAUUACGAUUUGGCAGCAGAUGUUUUGGCUGAAAAUGCUCAAUUUACAUAUAAAUAUUUGACGCCUUAUUUAUAUGACUUCUUGGAUGCUAUAAUAACAAGCCAAACUUCUCCGGAGGAAGCAUUUCAGAAAUAUGAAGAUAUCGCAUCAAAGCAUGCUGAACAACUAAGGAAACUCACUAAAGUAGUUCAAGAAAGUCGCUCACAAGGAGAUAACGAUCAGGUUAAGAAAGCUGUAGUGGAAUAUGAAGAAGCUUUAGAACGAUAUAUUCCAGUUGUCAUGGCCCAAGCAAAAAUCUACUGGGACAUGGAAAAUUAUAGUCAAGUCGAAAAGAUAUUUCGAAAAUCAGUUGAAUUCUGCAAUGAAUCGGACGUUUGGCGUCUAAACGUAGCUCACGUUCUAUUUAUGCAGGAAAACAAAUACAAGGAAGCUGCUAGUUUUUAUGAACCGAUAGUAAAAAAGCAGUACGAUAACAUAUUAGACGUAAGUGCUGUCGUUCUAGCAAACUUAUGCGUAUCUUAUAUAAUGACAUCGCAAAAUGAAGAAGCUGAAGAUAUCAUGCGUAAAAUAGAAAAGGAAGAGGAACAGCAAAUAUUCGAAGACCCCUUAAAGAAAUGUUAUCACUUGUGUAUCGUCAACCUUGUUAUAGGUACACUGUAUUGCGCUAAGGGCAACUACGAAUUUGGCAUAUCCCGAGUCAUUAAAUCACUGGAACCUUUCAAUAAACGUCUGGGAACAGAUACAUGGUUCUAUGCAAAGCGAUGUUUCCUAUCGUUUCUCGAAAACCUAGCGAAGCACUUGAUUGUCGUCAAAGAUAACACAAUCAAGGAUUGUCUUCAAUUCCUUGAGGGUUGCGAAACAUACGGCAGACGCGUGAGCACAGUUAUCGAGAGUCCUUUCCAGGAGGAGGACGCUAACACCAAAGCCAAACAAACGGUCACAUAUGAAGCACGUCUGCUGAGGUACAUGUUUUACAAGCUCCGCAACAUUGACGAUUCUGUAACUAUAAACAAAUAUGAGGAUUUAAAGUAACGCUAACCGGGUGG